UUUGUGUUUUUUUUGCAGCAUGAUUUUAGUUUAAUGAAUAUGAAAGCCUUUGCGAACCUAAAAGGCUCUGGCGGUAACAUAUGGGAAGUAUUUGAAGUUUUAGAUGAUGCCCGACAUGCUAUUUUCAGAGAUACCGUCUUUGGCUAUUUUAUUGAUGUCCCUCGUUUACAAGGGGACGCUUUAUUGUUUCAUAAAAUGUUCCUUCAUCAGAUCCGGCCGGACCCUGUUUUAUCUCCAGAUGGAAUAAAACGUUUAUAUUUUCGAGUAGGCAAUACCAAAAUGGUUUAUGGGCCGGAAGAGUUUUGUUUGAUUACCGGCUUCAAUUUUGGGGAGUAUCCAAAAAACAUUGGGAGAAAAGGGUCGGAAAAAUUAAUAAGCAGUAAAAAAAGAUGUUUACUGCGUGAACGGCUAUUUCCGGACCAUACUAAUAGUUCGGUGAAAAUUGGCGACCUGAAAAGUUUAAUUUUAAAUCAAACAUUCCUAGCACUUGACGACCUUGAUGCAGUUAGAGUAUGUUUGAUAUACAUUUUGUGUGAAGGUUUUUUGGGCAAAGAAGUUAACGAUCGGGUGCCACAAGAUUGGUUUUAUUUGGCUGAGAAUUUGGAUCUCUGGAAUAGCUUCGCUUGGGGUAGCUAUCUAUGGGAUUUUACUUAUGUUGACCUUGAGGAUACAUGGAAUAAGAUACAUAAUUAUUUAUCACUUCCUGAGCGUGGUCAAACUUUAAAGUAUUCCGUCUCAGGAUUUACGGCUCCAAUAAGGGUAUAAAAAUUUUCUUAUAUUUAAAUUGUUUUAUUGUCAUGUUUUUUAUUUUAAUUUUAACUUUUAUUACUGUAAUUGUAAAAAAUUGUAGAUAUGGAUAUAUGAGAUGAUUCCGGCUGUUCGUGCAUGUGGAUUUGCAUCAAGAAAAAAUAAAGACUUGCCUCGGAUGAAAAGAUGGAGUGGAACAAAAAAAUUGAAAUGGGUUGACGUGAACAAGAUUUGGUCAAAGAUGCAGGUUUAAAAAUAUUUCGUUUAUUAUUAAUAAAGUUGAUUAUUAUACUUUUAUAUGCAUUUUUAAUAUGUUUAAUUUUUUAA